AUGCUGGACAAGUACUUUUCAGAGAUCUUUCUGGCGUACUGUGGCGAUACACAGCAACGGCCCGAGAGAGAAUUGGCUCUGAAUUUGAAACAAAUGUUGGAUAAACGCUGUAAUUCCGAGAAGUUUGUGAUGAGAUCUCAAAGAAUUGGACUAGGAACAGCGAGCGCAUUGGCAAGGUAUUUUGCUCAAGUCAAUAGCAAGGAAAAUCCAUUACUAAUUUUGGAUCUACAUGAAAAUGUAAUUCGGGAUAAAGGAGUCCAAGCCUUGAUGGAAGAAUUGAAAACAUUAAACACCUUAAAAUUAUUGGACUUUGGUAGUAAUGAUUUAGGCUCGGAAUCGGCCUUAUUGCUGGCUGAAUAUUUAAAAAGUCCAGAUUGUACACUCGAAACUUUAUUGCUCGGAAGUGAUAAUUCUGAUCUGUAUGCAAACAAAAUAGACGCAGAAGGGGGAGUGGCUAUUGCUGAAUCCUUGGUUUCCAACUUUACCCUUAGCACUCUGGACUUUAAUCGAAAUCAUCAACUCGGAAAGAAAACCCAACAGGCGUUCUUUGCUCUUGCUGAUACCUUUGAUGAAAACAAAACAAUAGCUUGUUUAAGGUUAGGUCAAACAAACAUGGGCUCUGUUGCUGCUAUCAAUGUUAUUCAGUCUUUGGAAGGCAACCAACAUUUAAGAUAUCUCGAUAUUCAUGGUAAUAAGUUAUCUAUGGAUAUUGCUGAAAGUUUGGGAAAGAUGACAUCUUCAUGUCCGAGUUUAUCUGUGCUUCUUCUGCAUGACAAUAAUAUCAAAAAUAGGGGAACAGAAAUAUUGUGCAAUUAUUUACAGGCAAACUCUUUUCUGACCGUUUUGAAUUUGGCAGGUAACGGAAUCACAAACGAUGGUGCUUUUGCCAUUUCUAACUAUUUAGCAACACGUCACACCCUGACCUAUCUAAAUAUUAGUCACAACCAAAUUGCAGAAGAAGGGAUUGAAAGUAUCGCUGCUGCUAUCAACAACCCUCAAUCCUGCCUUUACACAUUAAUUGUGAGUAAUAAUAGAAUGGGGAACGGAGGAGCCAAAGCACUGGCAAAGUGCAUUGAAUAUGACCAAAGUGGAAUUGUAAAUUUGGAGUUAAACGCUUGUGGUAUUGGAGAUAGUGGGGCCGUAGCUCUAUGCUUAGCCCUCACCUGUAACACCAAUUUAUUGUAUUUAAAAUUACAUAACAAUCAUAUUUCUGAAGAAGCUGGACUUGCGAUUGUCGAUCUGCUUGAGAAGAAUCACACCAUUGUGUCGUUUGAUGUGAGAGGCAAUCAAUUAGACCAUCCAACCUAUUUGAAGAUUAAAAAACUUAUGCAAAGGAACAAAACUGAUAAAAUGUUGGUCGAACCCAACAAACUACGAAGAGAAGUUAUCCGAUUAAAAUAUGUUCGACAUUUACUGGAAGAGGCUUCCAAAGAGUUAGAAUAUCAAGAAAAUAUAAGACAUGAAACCACAUCCAAGGUCGAAAGAAUUAAUGAAAGGAUAAAGGUGAUCACAGAAGAAACGGAUGCAUCGGCAAAUGAGAUCAUUCUGCAAAUACAGGAAGAGCAGAAACGAAUAGAUUAUUACCAAAACAAGAUUGCAACAAUUUUGGAAGAUAAGAAGAAAAAAGACGAAAUCAGUUCCGCAAGAUGGAAAGAGCUUUCAUCCCUAUUACAAAAAGAACAAACAGCUAAAGAAGAGCUUGAGCAUGAUUUAAACGAGCUAAAGAUUGGACUGGCUGAUGUAAAGCGUAAAAAAGACUUAGAAAUAAGAUCUCUUCAAGACAAGAUAAAAUCCACCAAGCUGCAGACACAAGAAAUGGAGAGAAGAAGAGAAAAAUGUUCAAUGGAUAUUAUAGAUAUGCGUGUAAGGUUGCAUGAUUUAGAGAUGGAAUACUUGAAAAAGUAUGGAAGUGAUAAGCAAGAAAAGAUUGACCUUUUAUAUCAGAAAUUGAAAAAGGAGGAUGAGGAGCUGUUCUCAAAACAUUCCUCAAUGUCGAAUCUGUUGCAAAAUGUGGAUGCCCUCAAAAAAUCGCCGAGAUAUCUUCAACCACACCCCCAACCAAUCGUUCUGCAACAUUCAGAAAGCUCUGUUUCAAGUACAAGUUCAAAGAAACAUCAAAUGGAGAGCUUGCCAAUUGACGUUAAAUCCAGCAGCAGUUCAUUGACAACAAAAGAACCCAAACCCUCUAGCAACCCUUCGACUGGAAGAAAAGGAGAUCGAAAAAAGACAAGUCCUCCUGCAUCGACCAGACGGCAAUCCACAUCUCACCUAUCAGGAAAUGCAGCUUCAGCAUCUUCUACGUCUCCUCAACCUCCUCAACAACCCACUCAACCUCAACCAACUGGAAAGAUGAGAGUCACCAAUUUGAGUAUAUAUGAUUCAAAUAUUGUGAAUAAAUAA